UUUUCAGAGAUAUUUCAGCAUGAAGGCACUGUGUGUAUUUGUUGUCGGUUUGCUGCUGGUUACCGAGGCGCUGUGCGCGGUAUCCCGGUCCGAUUUUGCCCGCAUCAUGUGUUUGAAGAGACGGUCGCUAGAUGGCGUGCUGGGACGGUCCAAGAGAUGCGCUGGCGGCAGCGGCGGAGGUGGAGGGGGUAUCAGUAUUGACGAGACGAUCACGGUGAUUGGACAGAGGAUCCAUGACCCGUUCGUUCACGUCAUCUCCGACCCCGGCGCCAUACGGGACUUCCUGGGCAGUUUUGGCGGGAACGGAGGCGGACUGGACCAUGGCGAGGGAGGGGGGGGAGGUCCGGCCCAGGAGCAGCAGCAAGAUCAAGAUUGUUUUGGGGACGUGGAUAAGGUUGACACCACCGGCGCUUCACAGGCCACAGCACAACAAGACGGGCUGUCUACCACAGGUGUUGCUGCUUCUAAUGCACUUGCGCAGACAGAUUUAAACCGUCUGAACAAGUACAAGACCCAAAUCAACGCCGUCUCCAAGGCAACGGGCAUGGACGCCGCCAUCAUUGCCGCCAUCAUCUCACGAGAGUCACGUGCCGGCAACGCCCUGCAGAACGGAUACGGUGACCAUGGCAAUGGGUUCGGCCUCAUGCAGAUUGACCGCCGUUACCACACCACCCAAGGCGCCUGGGACAGUACCGAACACCUGACCCAGGCUGUCGGCAUCCUGCAGGGCUUCAUACAAGGCGUCAGCAACUGCCAUCCCUCGUGGAACAGCGAGGAGGUGCUGAAAGGCGGGAUCUCUGCCUACAACGCGGGGGUUAAGAACGUGCGCAGCUACGACAGGAUGGACGUGGGAACGACGGGAGACGACUACGCCAAUGACGUCAUAGCGCGAGCCAAGUACCUGAAGACUAAAGGGUUCGGCGAUCCUAAGGAUCAACGGUGUCAAGGCGGUUCCAACAGGAGACGUCGGUCCUCCGGCUGCCCGUACAGCUGGUACAACCCGCAGGAGCGCCCGCCCAGCGGCUCCGGGUCCAGCGGUGGGACCCACACCCCAGGCGGCAGGCACACCUCGGGGGGAGGCGGGCGGUACGUUCCCAUUGUGGACGAGUUCUCCGGACCCCGCUGCAGCGGCUUCAGAUGUCGACAGAUCCCGUGAGGAAAAUCUGUGACUAAAUACAGUCCUACUUGUACAAGUGUCAUCGAAGUGGCCACCUCUUCAUAGGGACCACAUUUGUACAUCUUUUCCUUGCCCUUUUCCCCAUUGACGCAAGCAUCACGAAUCCUGACUAUUACGUGACCACCUGUCCACAAUGCCGGGUUGCACCACAUUUUGUAUGGUGUUACUGUUAUGUCUUGAUAAUGGAUAAUACGUUGUUUGUUAUGAAUGCAUUUCACAGUGGAUAUCUGUAAGAAAUUUUGUAAAUAUCCUCAAUUGCUUUUACCAUUGCUUAGAGCCAUUUUCACUUUAUCAACAAUGACAAGUUGUAGGUUAUGGACUUCUACUCAUAUGGUGUGACGGAGGUACAUUUAACACUGGUAAAAACCACUGGAAGUGAUCUACAUGUAUGUCGUACAUUUGAAAAAUUGCUGUCCACACACAAGCAGAUGUGAAGACUUAAAAACCACCAAAACAGUCGGUGACAAUCCUGGGUAUAGAUUCAUCAUUGGUGAUCUUUAUUACAAUAUGCAUGUAAUAAGUACAACAGAAAGUAACAAAGAUUCAUUUAUCUCAAAUGUUUUCUUAGUUUGAAGAAAGUGCAAUAUAAUGAAAUUGUUUUAUACAGAGAAUUUCAGCACAAAUAAAGAUAUUAGAUUUUCAA